UGAAGCAUGCAGCUCCGCUCGCUCGCUUUCUGGCUCGCCCCCGCUUUGUUUUGACGAGAUGCAAAGCGAACCUGCACGCGUGGACGCGCGACUGCGAGCAAGCACAUGCACGCGCACCGAGGUCAUGUCUGCAGCCAUGUCCACUAACACUGAGGAGAAGAGCACUCCUACUACACCCAGCAAGCGCUUCGGACAGUGUACCUACAGUGCUGAGGAGUACCAGGCGGUGAACAGAGCUCUGCGGCAGCGGCUGGGACCAGAGUACAUCAGUACCAGAGUGGCUGGAGGAGGACAGAGGGUGUGCUACGUUGAGGGGCACCGGGUCAUUGGCCUGGCCAACGAGAUGUUUGGAUACAACGGAUGGUCUCACUCCAUCUCGCAGCAGAACGUCGACUUUGUAGACCUCAUCAAUGGGAAGUUUUAUGUCGGAGUCAGCGCGUUUGUCAAAGUGCAGCUGAAGGAUGGAGCGUUUCAUGAGGACGUGGGCUAUGGAGUCAGUGAGGGACUGAAGUCUAAAGCUCUGUCACUGGAAAAAGCGAGAAAAGAAGCAGUUACUGACGGCAUGAAGAGAGCACUGAAGUGCUUCGGUAACGCUCUUGGAAACUGCAUCCUGGAUAAAGAAUACCUCGUAGCUAUCAACAAGAUCCCUAAACAGCCUCGUCCUCCCCUAGACCCUGCCCAGACUAAGCGCUUUGAGGGUGAGCCGUCAGUGGAGAAGGCCCGGUUCGCCAGUCUGGUCCGAGAGGAAAAGCCGGUGUCUGCGGUGGGUCCUGCCAGGGCGCCACUGGAACCGCGAGUCUUCCACCAGAACCAGAACACAAACUGUUCAGAAGUUCACACUCCUAACGUCAGCUCUGCCACUGACAGGAACAGUGAGAACCUCUGUUCCAGACCUGACAUGGACUUGAUGGAUGUUGUUGGGGCUGAAACAAACUCGGACCCCAAACAGCUGAGAAAACUGCGGCAGCAGCAGCUACAGCAGAAGUUCAGGAGAGAGAUGGAGACUAAGAAGCUGCAACAGAAACAGGAUCAAGCCAAGACUGAGGAUGCAGAGGUUGCUAUUGGACGAGGAUCCAGUGGGGGUCAUGAUGGUGUAGCAGCUGUCAGUGAUGGUGCCGCAGAGGGACGCAGGAAGCCCUGCAGCAGGGACGAGUAUUUAGCAGAUGAUCCGGAGCUCUGGGAUUUCACCCUGGAUGGGAUCGAGGAGUUGGACGUCCCCGCAGACGGCCCACCCUCCAAAGGGUUCAGACCCAGCACACCCGGGAAUCAUCAAAUGCAGACACGCAGUAAGACCCCACAAAGAGCCCCUCCCAGCAGACCUCCAGGCGAGGCCCCGUCACACAGCACUGCACAUGACCGGACUCAAUACAGACCUCAACACCAGAACCAAUAUCAGGAGGGACAGGGUGGAUCUCUCAGUCCCUACAGACACGGACAGUACAUGAAGAAACGCAAACUGGACACAUGAACUUUUAACACUUUCUAGAAUCCAGUCAUAUGAUUUAGCUCUGUUUUAUAUUUAUUUCAAUGUAAAUAAAGUCAUAAAGGUCAUAGUUCAAUGCAUUAUUGUGCAAAUAUUGUUUGGUUUU